UCCACUUUUCUCUCAAUUUUUCAGAUCUGGGGGUUGUUACCGGACUUCUCACCGGUGACAACCCACCGGUGACAACCCACCGGUGACAACCCCCAGCACGUGUUUCUCUUCGUUUAUCUUAUUUCUCAUGGACACUAAGUUAGUUCUUCUCUUAGAUUUUAGGAGACGCAUAUGUAGCUUUAGUAUUUUGUCUGCCAUCUUUAUGAUGGUCUCUAAUCUUAGUAUCUUGAAGCUUCAAGAUUAACAUCUUUCAAGGAAAAUAUUUGAUUUAGCCUAUCCGAAAUUUAAAUAUUUUAUCCGUUAUUUUUCUCUUAACGAAGAGAGCAAGUUCUAAAUGGAUUUGCCAUACCCAUUACUGUUCUGCGGAUUAUUGAGCUCUGUCUCAAGUUUGCUCUUUCCAGCCCAUGGCAUUUCAACAAGCCAACAUGGAGUCUAGUAUUCACGAUGAGUUUCAGCAAAUCUAUGGCAUUCAUCUUAUUUUAUUGUUGAUAUUUGUUUCCUGGGUUUCUUUUGAUUAUGAACUGUGUAACGGGUGGGUUUGUAGUGCAGUGACUUUUUUCCUUUAUAACCCAUGUUAUAUGAAUAGAAUCAUUCAGUUAAAGAAAAAAUGUAUAGACUACAUAUCAAAUCAUUUCAGAAUUUCUUUUUCAUGAAAUUCAAACUCACACUGAUAUGUUUAGAUGUCAAGAUUUAAAAUCUUGAUUUUGGAUUUGUGACAAAAGAAAGAUAUAUAGAUGGGAAAGGUAUUACCUGGGGAAAAAAAAAAAAAAAAGAAGCUUAUGUUAAUAAGAGCAUAAUAUAAUAGCUAGAGAGAUCAAAAGAAUUUAUUUAUUGUAGGAUAUCUACUGUAGUUUAAAAGCAUUUAACUUUAAUUUUCAUUAUGUAUAUAUAUUUAAACAAAUCUUCUUUUCUUUUUUAAGUAAGCAUGAAAUACAGUUGAGCAAAUCAGAAACUCAAAACCCAAAACAGCAACAAAUGCCUCCAAAGAACAUUCAUCUGCAAUGCUCAAUCCCUUCUCUCUUUCUCACAUUCAUUAGCAUUUCCCUUUUCUUCUCCCUUUUGUGGUUACUCCUCUCUAGCCCGAAGAACCUAUCUUUUCCAGAUCCCCAGAACAACCGUCAACCCUCUAAAGAUUCCAUCAAAGUGUACUUAGCAGACCUCCCUAGAUCUUUCAACUAUGGCCUCCUUGAUCAAUACUGGUCCACUUCUAAACCCGAUACCCGAAUUAGCUCCGACCCAGAUCACCAUCCCCAAAGGGGACCCGUCCAUUUGCAGAAAACCUCCAAAUUGCCUCCUUACCCUGAGAGUCCGUUGAUCAAGCAGUAUAGUGCAGAGUAUUGGAUCAUGGGUGAUCUUAUGACCCCAGAGAAUCUAAGAUCCCAAUCUUUUGCUAAAAGGGUUUUUGAUUUUAAUCAAGCUGAUGUUGUUUUUGUGCCAUUUUUCGCUACUUUGAGUGCCGAGAUGGAACUUGCAAGAGGGGAAGGUACUUUUAGGAAAAAAGAAGGAAAUGAAGAUUAUAAACGACAGAAAGAGGUCAUUGAGUUUGUGAAAAGUUCUGAUGCUUGGAAACGCUCAGGUGGUAAAGAUCAUGUCUUUGUUCUUACAGACCCCGUAGCAAUGUGGCAUGUAAGAGCUGAGAUAGCACCGGCUGUUCUCCUGGUGGUAGAUUUUGGUGGGUGGUAUAGGCUCGACUCAAAAUCAUCUGAUGGUAACUCAUCAAAUAUGAUACGACAUACACAAGUUUCUUUGCUGAAAGAUGUAAUUGUUCCAUACACACAUCUGCUUCCUCAAUUGCCCUUGUCAGAGAACAAGAAACGCCAGACACUUCUUUAUUUUAAAGGGGCCAAAUAUCGGCAUCGGGGAGGUAUGGUUCGUGAAAAAUUGUGGGACUUGUUGGUUAAUGAGCCUGGGGUUAUCAUGGAAGAAGGCUUCCCCAAUGCCACUGGAAGAGAGCAGUCAAUUAAAGGAAUGAGAACAUCAGAGUUCUGUUUGCACCCAGCUGGUGACACCCCCACUUCUUGCCGACUUUUUGAUGCCAUCCAAAGUCUCUGUAUCCCAAUUAUUGUCAGUGACAACAUCGAGCUCCCAUUCGAAGGGAUAGUGGAUUACUUGGAGUUCUCAGUUUUCAUGGCAGUUGAUGAUGCCCUAAAACCAAAUUGGCUUGUGGAUCAUCUUAAAAGCAUUUCUAAAAAGCAAAGGGAUGAAUUUCGUCAGAAAAUGGCUGAAGUUCAGUCAAUUUUCGAGUAUGACAAUGGUUAUGCUGGCGGCAUUGGACCAGUUCCUCCAAAUGGUGCAGUCAAUCACAUAUGGAAAAAGGUCCAUCAAAAGUUGCCCAUUAUUAAGGAAGCCAUAGUUCGAGAGAAGAGGAAACCAGCAGGUGUAUCAAUUCCUUUGCGGUGCCACUGUACCUGAAACAAUUACACAUUUUUUUCAUCUUUUGAGACAAUUUGUUGUUUUAUAAGGCCAAUCAAUCUCAUAUCGUCUGAAUGUGUUAUUUUAUGCA